AGGUGCACAGCCCUCCUGCUAUUUGAACACACACAAACACAGUGCAUGCAGUAGACACAGCAGACACGAUGGCAGUGUUACUCGGUAGUUACUCUAUACCUUUAUUUGGAAUCAGCAUUGUCAUUGUUGCUCUGACUUACAUCACCUACAAGCUGCUCAGUGGUUACCUGCACAAAUGGUUCACAAUGAAGCCUAUUCCAGAGAUGGAGGGAACGUAUCCGAUCAUUGGAAAUGCACUAACGUUCAAAACCAAUCCAGGAGAUUUCUUUGGCCAAAUUCAGGAGUUUGUCAAUGAGUUCAGUGAUGCACCACUUUUUAAAAUCUGGAUUGGAACACUUCCAUGUGUGAUUUUGUUUCAUGCUGAGACUGUUGAGACCGUUCUGACCAAUGCUGUUCAUAUGGAGAAAUCCUACGCAUACACUUUCCUUCACCCUUGGCUCGGAAUGGGACUUCUUACUAGCACUGGCCCUAAGUGGCGUCAGCGGCGGAAGAUGUUGACCCCGACCUUCCACUUCUCCAUCCUGACGGAGUUUUUGGAAGUGAUGAACGAGCAGGCGGAAAUCCUGGUGGAGAAACUGGAGAAGCAGGCAGGGAAGGGUUCAUUUAACUGCUUUAAUCACAUUACCCUGUGUGCCCUGGACAUUAUCUGUGAAACCGCAAUGGGAAAAAAAAUCUACGCCCAGAAUAAUUCUGACUCUGAGUAUGUUAAAAGUGUGUAUAGGAUGAGUGACAUUGUCAGCCGCAGACAGAGGACACCUUGGUUUUGGCCUAACUUUGUGUACAAUUACUUUGGUGAUGGGCGGGAGCAUGACAGGACGCUCAAGGUCCUACACUCCUUUACAAACAAGGUGAUAAAUGAAAGAUCUGAGAACAUUUCCAAUACUGAAUCAGAUAACGACUCUGACAAUGGCACAAAGAGAAGGCGAGCAUUUCUGGACAUGCUCUUGAUGACCACCGAUGAAGAUGGCAACAGAAUGAACAAUCAGGAAAUUCGGGAGGAAGUGGACACCUUUAUGUUUGAGGGCCAUGACACUACGGCAGCCUCCAUGAACUGGGCCAUUCAUCUGCUGGGUUCCCACCCUGAGGCACACAGCAAAGUUCAACAAGAGCUCCAGGAGGUGUUCGGUACUUCUAGCCGGCCUGCUAACAUAGAGGACCUCAAGAAGCUAAAAUACCUGGAGUGUGUGAUCAAGGAGGCCCUGCGACUGUUUCCCUCUGUGCCUUUCUUUGCCCGCAACAUUGGUGAAGACUGCCAUAUCAAUGGUUUCAAGGUGCCCAAAGGUGCAAACGCCAUCGUCGUCACCUACGCUCUCCACCGUGACCCGCGCUACUUUCCCGAGCCCGAGGAGUUCAGGCCAGAGCGCUUCCUGCCUGAGAAUUCAGUGGGAAGGCCUCCAUAUGCAUACAUUCCCUUCUCCGCUGGACUCCGCAACUGUAUCGGUCAGCGUUUUGCUCUCAUGGAGGAAAAGGUGAUCUUGGCAGCCAUCUUUCGCAACUUCAAUGUUGAAGCUUGUCAGAAACGUGAAGAUCUGCGGCCAUUAGGAGAGCUCAUCCUGAGACCAGAGAAGGGCAUCCAAAUUAAACUGGAAAAGAGGAUUUAAUCAAACCAGCACCUGCUCAGGUUUACAGAGGUUAUGCACUAAAUGUAUUGACCUUUGUGGUCUUUAUUUACAGUGUAGCCCUCCCGUUCUCAUGUUGGUGGACUUUUUCUCCAAAUGGUCUUAGAGCGGUCACGGAGAGUUGUGAUGUUGGUGUUUGGAUUUUAGAAUCUUCUCAUCAUUAUAGUCUUAAUAAUUACACUUAUUUUUUGUUGCUUUAUGACAAAAAUUCAGAAUGUUGAUUGUUAUCUUUCCUGGAAUUAGCUACAUAAUGCAUUACUCUGAUCCAACAACAACAACCAAGAAUGUAGAAAAAUCCCUGUAAAAAUAUGCAAUUUGAUUUGAGGUAUUACAUUGCUAUAAAGAGCUAAGCAAUGCCAGUAUAUCAGAGUUCAUUUUGAAAGUUAUUAAAACUGAGUGAGUUUGCCUUUCUUGAACAAAUGUAGCUUGUCAUUCUGAAAUACAUUUUUGAUUAUUAACUAGAUGACGAAAUAAACGGUGCUACGUCACUGGUUUCAUUCAAUGUCAUCCAUUUUCUAGGUGGCAUGCUUUAAAAGAAAAGGAAUAUUUGAAAAGGAUUUUUAAAACCAUUCAUAUCUGAGUACAACAAUUAUUAAAAAAUGUAGAGUCAUUUUUCCUGUUAAUACCUGCAAAUCUAGGUAACAUAAAAAGAAAAUGUCUUACUUUGUGAUAUAUUUUUGUAGAAAGAGACUUUGAUAUAUGGCACAGCUGGUAAUACAAUUCUAAAGUCUCUAACUCAGAGAUUUUCAGAGAAGGGCUUAAUGAUAAAUAUUUUACAUAUUCAUAAUGUACAGACAUCAUAACAAAUGUAAGCCUUUCAUUUGUGCAGCAUUAUUUGCAUAAUGUUAAUCAUCAAACCUCUAGCUAUAUAAUGAUCCUUCAAAACUGAAGUUUGAUAAAUCCUUGACUCUG